AAGAUCUUGAAUGCUGAUACAGAGCCUCCUCUGACUCACGUCGCAAUUAAUAUGCACGAGAGACGUUGUCGAAGAGUUGCCUUACGCGUGCAGUCGCAAAUUAAGAGAACGCUGUCAACGAUGUCGAGGAGAGGGCAGCAGGAAAAUCAACCAAAAGAAACCAGCAGCUGCUGCUGCUGGGUUAUUCGUCUUUUGUUGUACCUCUCGGCGCCGGAGUGAGUCAACCUCUCGUCGACGAUCGUCUCGCAGCAGACUAUGUGUGUAGUGUGUAUAAUGAAUAAUGUGCGUCUUUCUCUGUCUCACCUUGUCCUUGACUUUUGUUCUAACUUUCAUUAGCAAGCGCAGGCAUGGUCCAUAAAUUAAUCCCAGCCAGAGGCAUUCUGAUCCCUUCAAACUAGUUUUUUUCCCUUCGACUCGCACACAUGCUUUAGUGUAACCCAAUUCCAAAUAUCAGUCGCGAUGUCAUAACCAUGCUGCUCAAAUACUCGUGGGUGAUUGCUCUGUUCCAAAUUUGCAUCGUUUCGCUCGCAGACUCUGCUAUAAGAGGAGAAAAUGUUGUAGAUAAAAUUUGUUCAGAAGGCAAGAGGCAAUAUUCGGCAACGAGCAAUGUAAAAGGCGGCGGCCGGACCGCUCAGCGCAAGCAAGCCGAUGACCAUCUAUUCACAAAGUGGACCAAAUGGUCACCUUGCAGCAGAUCGUGCAUUUCGUCUAGAAUAAGGAGGUGCAAAUUUUCAGGAAAAUGCACUUCCAGCAUAGAAAAAGAGGAGGCAUUUUGCUACGCUAAGGACAGCCUGUGCUACAAAUGGAUACACGAACAAGUCUGCAACGUAGACGAAUACGAGGAAGCCGUCGAUUAUACCGAAUAUUACGAUUACGGCGAAGACGACGCUUCAGAAGAGGACGUUGACGAGGAAAGUGAAGAGGAAGACACGCCGAAACGACAAAGCAGUGUGCUUAAAUGCGGUAUAUCUCCUCACAAAAAUUCCUUUUGGACGAGGAUAAUCGGCGGUCGCCCGUCCACCAAAGGGCAUUGGCCCUGGCAAGUCGCCAUCCUGAACAAACACAAACAUGCAUUUUGCGGUGGAACUUUAAUUUCAAGCAACUGGAUCCUAACAGCGGCGCACUGUAUGAGAAAAACCCUAUACGUAAGACUCGGCGAGCACAACCUGGCGCGCAGGGAAGGCGAUGAGGUGGAAACGAAGGUGCUGGAAUCCGUUAUUCACCCGAAUUAUGACGCAGACACGGUGGACAAUGACCUCGCUCUGUUGCGGGUGAGGGAUGGGAGUGUCUCGCACCAGAAACCCGUCGUUUGUCUACCCCAACUAGGGGAGCGGCCGCCAACGCAUAAAUUGUGCACUAUCAUCGGCUGGGGAAAGAAGAAAGCGUCUGAUUUUGAAGGGUCAGAAGUCUUGCACCAGACAGAGGUCUACGUGAUGCCAGAGAAGAAAUGCAGAGAAAUGUACGACAGCUACUUGAUAACAGAGAACAUGUUUUGUGCCGGACAUCCUAGCAGAGUGCGCGAUUCUUGUGCAGGGGAUUCCGGCGGACCGCUCUUGUGCCAAGUUAACGACAGAUGGACCAUUUUUGGGGUCACCAGUUUCGGCGAAGGAUGUGGUCGGAAAGGGAAAUUUGGAGUCUACACACUAGUGCCAAACUACAUCAAAUGGAUUGAAAGCAUUGUAAAAAUCAGUUGACUGGCUUGUUUUACAGACUCUUUUCUUUUAUUAAAUCAAACGUAGAGACAAAAA